AUGGGCAUUGAAGGUGGGUGCUCGGUGGCCUUCGCCCGAAACUCCCAAGCCCGGCCAUGGCUGCACUGUCUUGACAGGGACCCAGCCGGGACCUCAGCUCCGGAUCCACCCCCAGUACCCGAGAGUAAAGACGCUGAGCCGUGUCCAGCACCCACACCAAGCCCCCAAGAGCUCAAGGAGUUAGAGCUUCUGACACAGGCCCUGGAGAAGGCUGCGCGGGUGCGCAAAGGCAUCCCUAAGGCAGGAGGAAGAGACAGACACCCCAGUGAGAAAUCCGGAUCCAAGGCUGCUGCCUUAGGCCCGGCCGGCAACCGUGUACCGGUGACAAAACCCACCAAGGGCCUCCGCCAGACCACCACGCAGGCCAAGGAGCCCACUGGGCCCAAGCUUCUGUCGGUGGGCGAUAGGAAGUAUGCGGGGAUAGGACCCCAAGCUACCACAUGUGGACCAAGACUCCAAGACCAACCAUUGGCUCCAUGUGCUGUUCCUGUGGCUACGGAAGCCUUCACCCUGGAGCGGAAGGGGACCCAGCUGCGGCUGCCUGGGGCCUUCAGGAAGGCGGCUGCUCAGAACUCUCGCCUGUGGGCCCAGCUCAACUCCACACAGACCGGCGACUCCACGGAUGCCACCCGCGCAGCCAAAAUCCACUUCCUCCGGAACAUGCAGCCCCUCCUCAGUGGGAGGCUGCAGUCUGGCCAUAGAGCGCUUUCUCUGAUGUGUGCACAGUCAGGCUCGCUCAGCCCCAGACCCAGUGCUGUGGAGGUGGAGGCCGAGGCCCAGCGCCUGCAGGAGGCCUGCGCAAUGCUGAGGCUGCGCAUGCAGGAGGAGCUCGCAGUAGCCCCCGCUGACUGGAUGCAGGAGUACCGCUGCCUCCUCACCCUGGAAGGGCUGCAGGCCAUGGCCGGGCAGUGUCUCCACAGGCUGAAGGAUCUGUGUGCAGCGGCCACGGAGCAGACCCCAGGACCACAGCUGGGGAAGCCUCCACAGACUCCGCCGCCCCGGAGAGGGGAGGCGGACCCUUCCCAGAGCCCUCCGCUCCUUCUCUACACCAGCACCGAGGAGCUGCAGACGCUGGCAGCCCUGAAGCUGCAGGUGGCCAUGCUGGAGCAGCAGAUCCACCUGGAAAAGGUCCUGAUGGCUGAGCUCCUUCCCCUCAUAGCCGCCCAGGAGCCCAGGGGGCCCGCCUGGCUGGCCCUGUGCCGGGCCGCGCACAGCCUGCUCUGUGAGGGCGGAGCGCGCUUCCUCACUGUCCUCCGAGACGACCCUGCUGACUGAGCCCUGCGCCAGCUCCAGCCCAGCCAGAAGGCUGGAGCGCACAGGGACUGCGGAGAAAGCACCUGGUUGGUGAAUCAGGCGGCAUCCUGGGAAGCCUGGGUGGACGGGCACCAGAUCUGCGGUUGGGGCCUGGCUUGGCCUCCCGGGGUCCCUGACAAACAGCCCCGAGCCCCACACGCUCAGGGAAGCCUUUCUUGGUUCCUUCUGUUUUCUUUCACUGUACUCUUAAAAAAAGCCACCUGUAUGCUAUUAAAA